AACCGGGUGGUGCUGGGUGCUCUUCGACUUGGGGGCACUCACGGGGACUUGGAGGAGGCGCCGAGGGCCUCGGGCUUGGGGGGUGGCCGGUCGGGGAGCUUGACUCCCCCAGGCCCUCGCGUGCCAAGCGCGGCUGCUCGUUUGCCUGGCUCCUACGGGCGGGAGGCGAUGCCGAAGCCUCGGUUCGCCCUCCUACAGGCAUGGGGCGCAGAAAGUCAAAACGGAAGCCGCCCCCGAAGAAGAAGAUGACGGGCACCCUAGAGACCCAGUUCACCUGUCCCUUCUGCAACCACGAGAAGUCUUGUGACGUCAAAAUGGACCGUGCCCGUAACACCGGAGUCAUUUCUUGUACUGUGUGCCUAGAGGAAUUCCAGACACCCAUCACAUAUCUGUCAGAACCAGUGGAUGUGUACAGCGAUUGGAUAGACGCCUGCGAGGCAGCCAAUCAGUAGCGAUGCAGAGGACCCACCCCCUUGGCAGCCCCGCAGCUGUGGAUUGGGUACCAAUCCAGAGACAUUCCUGGGGUCUAGGGUGGGUCCAGCGCCCUCACAGCUCUGUGUGUGGGUGUGGGUGUAGGUGUAGUGGGAGUGCGUGUGAAUGUGUGGCCACAAGUGUGGCCAUGGCGUGUGCUCAUGGGCAGGGGUGGAGUUGAGUUGCUAGGCCCUGGGAGCCUGAACUGUCUCCCUUGGCUCCGAAAGCCUUUGACUUGCUCCCUCCUCCAGCCCCUGACCCCUCUGGCUCUGAAGCCCUGGCUCCUCCCGGGGCCGAUGUCCUGACAGCCUGAGCAAGGGCAAGACCCUCAGAGACAGCCUUGGGACUCCAGGCCCCUCACCCACCUCCCCAGCACCUGACCCAUUUGAACUGGAUUGCCCGUCCUCCUUGCCUGCCUUCCAAGGCCUGUGGCCUGGGAUUCAAAGCCACAGGCACCUCGGCUGGGCCCUGGUAGGGCGACCCCGAUUCAUGUUUAGUACCUUCUAUUAGAGGACGGAGAGGCUGGGUCUGGGCCAACUGUUGGUCACUAGCCCUUAAAUAAAGCAGUCGCUGCAAA